GGCGCAGGUGAUACUGGGGGGGAAGGCGGGGAGCUGGCGUUCACCCCCCGGGAGCUGAGGGUGGGGGCGGGGGAGACGAUCGAGUUCAAGAACGGGAAGGCGUUCCCGCACAACGUGGUGUUCGAGGAGGAUGAGGUGCCGAGCGGGGUGGACGCUUCGAAGAUCUCGAUGAGCGAGGAGGAUCUGCUCAACGGGCCCGGGGAUACCUUCAAGGUCACCUUGACCGAGAAGGGCACUUAUUCCUACUACUGUUCGCCUCAUCAGGGAGCCGGAAUGGUUGGCAAGAUCAUCGUUGAAUGA